UGCAGCAACAAUAAAAAGUAAAAAAUAAAGCUCGGUUAAAAAGAUUCUAUGACAAUGUAGUUAUAGUAAUCCAUUGUGGCUUAAAAGUACUUCACCUCUUUUUCUUUCCAUUGUAUUUUUUAUAUUUUACAUAUAUAUAUAACACAGUAAGUUUUAUCUUCCUUAUCUUUAUUCACUCACACAUGAUUACACUAUAAAGUGUUACACACAUUUAAUCACACAGAAAGAUAAUAGGAACAUUUUUUGACUUACAUAUUAGACAUUUGAGAAGAUUGCUGCGCAAUCAUUCGUUGUGUUUGCUGAUAACGUAAGUUCACGAGAUUGAAUGUUGGCCGAAUCAAGAACCACGAUUAAUAUACCUUAACUCACUAUUGAUAUAUUUCUAAGAUAUAGAGUAGAAACUUAUUAGUCUUGUUUCAUCUGGCGACACGUAUAGAGAAUGAUAAUUAUUAUUCUUUCAUUUAUAUUACACGAUCCUAAAUACCUAGUAUUAACUAACGAAGAAGAAAAUAAAUAAGAAGAAGAAGUGGAAGAUGAUUAUGAAGAAGAGGUUGUGAAAAUAGAAGAAGAUACUUGAGGAGAGAAGAAAAAAAAAAAAUAAGAAGAAGUGAGGAUAAAGAAAUGCAAGAUUGCUGAAUAAUCGUAUUCUCUCGAAGAAAAGAAGACAGGAUUAAGAGUGAACGUGUCGUUGUCUUCGUAUUAAAUAUUUCUUUCGUAUCCACGUUGCUUCGAAACAAUGGCGACCACGUUUUUAACAACGUUUGCCGCGUUAAAAGAUCACGUGAAAAUUAAAGCAUCCGAGGAUGCGGCAGCCAUAGAUAAUAUCGUUUUCAGAUUACAUUACAGAGUAACAUUUUUGGCAUUACUACUUGGUAGUUUAUUGGUAUCUGCUAGACAAUACGUUGGUGAACACAUAAGGUGUAUAGCAGAUACGUCGAUAAAAUUAAACGUUAUAGAAACAUAUUGCUUCUUUACGUCUACUUUCACUGUGGUAAAACACAUGAACGCGUCGUACGUUAAUAACGGUGAAAUACCACAUCCUGGUGUUGGGCCAGUUAAUAAAGAUGAUGAGAUAGUUCAUCAUGCUUAUUAUCAAUGGGUACCAUUCGUUUUAUUUUUUCAAGCACUUUUAUUUUACAUGCCACAUUAUUUGUGGCGCAAAAUCGAAGGUGGUCGUCUUAAAUCUUUGGUCUCGGGUUUGCACGUGGCUUGCAUGGGUUUGCAUGAAACUAAUUUAAAAGUUAACGAUAAAUAUGUUGUACCAUCGAAAGAUGAUGUUGAUGAAAAAAUUCAACAUAUUCGAACUUCCUUCAUCCAACGUAUUUACAUUAAUCGAACAUGGUCUUAUUAUUUAAGUUUGUGCGAGAUAUUAAAUUUCGUUAACGUUGUAACGCAAAUUUAUUUGACCGAUUGGUUCCUCGGAGGGGCCUUUUUGGGUCUUGGCAAAACGGCUGCUGACCCAAGUUACGGUGGAAGAAUGGAACCACUCGAUGUAGUUUUUCCCAAGGUAACGAAGUGUACAUUCCACAAAUAUGGUUCCACAGGUACUAUACAAACUCACGAUGCACUGUGCGUUAUGGCAUUGAAUAUAAUUAACGAAAAGAUUUAUAUAUUUUUAUGGUAUUGGUUCAUUAUAUUAUCCUUUCUCACAUUGCUCGGUCUUAUCUGGAGAUUGAUAACGAUGAUAUUGCAUUCUAGAAGCGAGGGUUUCAACAAAUUACUUUUUUCCAUGGCUUGUCCUGGAAAAUAUAAUCCUUGGAACGUGGUCAGGGUUACCAGGGAAUAUCAUUUUGGUGAUUGGUUAUUUUUGUAUUACAUAGCAAAAAAUUUAGACAAUUACGUGUUUAAAAAUCUGUUAGAAAGAUUAGCUCAAGAUCUCGAUACAAUUAAUCAAGGACAAUAUUAUAAGACUGCUUAUUUGGAUGCAGAAGAAUUUCCAUUAGAGGAAAAAUGAAGAUAAUAUAUCAAUAAUAAUUAUAUGACCGGAUAGAACUGUAACAAAAAACGUUAUACAGAUAAAUGUAUUAUCGUUUAAAAACGUUCCACCAAGAUAAGACUGCAUAUUUUCAUAUUUCUAAAGUGACGUAUUAUUAUCUUAUGUAUUAGUAACGGAAAUAUUUAAAUAUUUUCACCGUCAAGAGAGAGGAUUAUUUUUCGAGGAAAAUCGUCAAAUACAAUUUAUUUCGUUUAUCGCUUUUUUUAUUUUUUUUCGAAAAAUAUUUCAAAUAUGCGUUCGUAUUUUGUGAAGAGAUAAGAAAAGAAAAGAACUAAGAAAUAAAAAAAGGAGAGAAAGAUAUUACCAAACGGGAAUGGUAGACGUGCGUGUUACGAUGAAAAAAUGUGUUCAUUUAGCGUCAAUUCUGAAAGUGGUGUUCUUAAUACAAUGGGUUGCCCUUUGUUGAGUACGGGGGUUGACGCUGCGCAAAAAUGGAACUUAAGAAUGCGAAUCGAAUGGGAAGGAAAGAAAAAAAGGGUUCGAACCCUUUUCUAACAGUCAUUCACGAUCCUUACGAGUUCCCUCUUUCGGUUCUCGAAAUGAGCCCUUUUUCUAUUUAUCACCUCCAUUGUCAAACUUCCAACGAAAGGAAUCGGUGGACCGAUUUUUUUUCUUUUUUUUUUUUAAUAAGAACCAGUCAGCUUUCAAUAGCUUUUUUUCUUUCUUUCUUUUUCUUUUUCUUUUUUUACAUCAUCUUCUUUCACAUGUACGCGUAUUACGGAUUCAUAAAAAAAAAAAGAAAAAAGCUUCUCCGAUGAUUAGAAAACAAUUGUCCUUGGAAACAAGAAUUUCUAAUCGUGCUUAUAUUAUCGUUAAACGAAAUCCUCUCUUUCAUUUCUUUAGACGCUCUUAAGUACAAUUUAUUUAAACGAGAGUAUAUAGAAGUAUAGUAGAUUAACGAGCUUAUUUUUGUUGCAUACGCUCGGUGACUUCGUGAUCAUGAUCUCCUACGUUCUUAUUCUAUCUGCCUUAAGCACCAUUCAUACGGUCUUAUAAAUAUAUAUUACAUUUUUAAAUCGUCUUAUCUGCAAUAUUUUUCUCUCUCACCAUGCAGUAUUUGUUUUUCUUUCUUUGUAUAUUUAUAGCCCUGUCUUAUACGUUCCCCAUAUAACAAUACUUUUGUCUUUUUUUAAAAAGUGUAUUAAUUAAAAAGAAAAAAAAAAAGAUAAG